GAGUGGAGUGGUAGCCGUCCUCCUCCUCCCUCUCCUCGCUUCACUCCCCACUUGGAGCCUCGUGGUCGUGGCUGCUGUAGCAGUGGGCGCUCCUCCCGACCUAGACGACGAGCCGCCCAAGAAUCCAGCACCCAUCCAUCCAUCCAUCCAUCCAUCCGUCCGCUUCCCUGUCCUGUUGCUCCCCGCAUUGUUUCGGAUUUCUCAAAUCGGCCCCUCCUGGUCGGCGGCCGCGGCGGCGCGGUCACCGGCGGCGAGAUAAAGGGGAAGAAGAAAGGGGAGGUGUGACGAGAGAGAGACAGAGAGGGGCAGGAGAGGGGCGUAUGGCCACCGCGCGCGGCGGCGGCGGCGGCGCGUGGCUGCUGGUGGUGGCGGUGGUCUGCCUGUCGUGCGCCGCGGCGGCCGUGGCGAGGUCCCCGGCGGCGAGGGUGCACCGGCACCUGAAGCGGCUCAACAAGCCGGCGGUGAAGAGCAUCGAGAGCCCAGAUGGGGACAUCAUAGACUGCGUGCACAUCUCACACCAGCCAGCCUUUGAUCACCCCUUCCUCAAGAACCACACUAUCCAGAUGAGGCCGAACUAUCACCCGGAUGGCCUAUACGACGAAUCCAAGAGCAGCACCGACGCCGGCGGCGGCGGCGAGAGGCCCAUGGUGCAGCUCUGGCACCACGGCGGCACGUGCCCGGAGGACACCGUCCCAAUCCGGCGGACGAAGAGGGACGACCUGCUCCGGGCGAGCUCGAUGCGGCGGUACGGCAAGAAGCGGCACCGGGCGCCCAACCCGAUGUCCGUCGACCCCAACCUACUCAACGAGGGCGGCCACCAACAUGCCAUCGCGUACGUCCAAGGCGACAAGUACUACGGCGCCAAGGCGACCAUCAAUGUCUGGGCGCCCAAGAUCGAGCAGCCCAACGAGUUCAGCUUGUCCCAGCUCUGGAUCUUGGGCGGCUCCUUCGGCGAGGACCUCAACAGCAUCGAGGCUGGAUGGCAGGUUAGCCCCGACCUCUACGGCGACAACAACACGAGGCUGUUCACUUACUGGACUAGUGAUGCAUACCAAGCAACAGGGUGCUACAACAUACUGUGCGCAGGGUUCGUGCAGGUAAACAGUGAGAUCGCCAUGGGAGCCAGCAUCUUCCCCAUCUCCAGCUACUCUGGCUCCCAGUAUGAUAUCAGCAUAAUGAUUUGGAAGGAUCCAAAGGAGGGGAACUGGUGGAUGCAGUUUGGCAAGGAUUAUGUUCUUGGCUAUUGGCCGUCCUUCCUAUUCUCCUACCUUGGCGACAGCGCGUCGAUGAUCGAGUGGGGUGGGGAGGUGGUGAACUCGCAGCUCGACGGCGUGCACACGUCGACGCAGAUGGGCAGCGGGCACUUCCCGGAGGAGGGGUUCAGCAAGUCGAGCUACUUCAAGAACAUCCAGGUGGUGGACAGCACCAACAAUCUGAAGGCCCCCAAGGGGGUGGGCACAUUCACUGAGCAGUCAAAUUGCUACGAUGUGCAAAAUGGUAACAAUGCUGACUGGGGCACAUACUUCUACUAUGGAGGCCCUGGAAGGAGCUCAAACUGCCCAUGACUGAACUGAGCACCCUAAGCAAGUGUUUUUAACCAUUCAAGUGCAAUACACCAUCUGCUCCAGUUUUUUAGCCCUAGAUAGUGUGUGUCAUGUGAAUGGGGUCCCAGUGUUGCUUUCUAAUCUCUCUCUCUUCCCCUUGAGCCUCCUUACUUUUUUGUAAUGCCAGUCUUCUGAAGAGAAGCAUGGCAUCUGGUGGUGGUUGUGGUGAUGGCCUACCUCCUUUUCCUAUAUGGUAGUAGAUUCACUUGUCUUUCUGGUUA